ACACAGACAAUCAGCGUGUCAUUAUCCAUGUGAGGGACGUGAACGACGAACCACCCUACUUCAUCAACCGACCUCUUCCCAUGCAAGCGGUCGUGCAGCUGAACGCACCCCCCAACACGCCCGUUUUCACCCUGCAGGCGCGAGAUCCCGAUACGGACCACAACAUCCAUUAUUUCAUCGUUAGAGACCGAACGGGUGGCAGAUUCGAGGUGGACGAGCGAUCGGGGGUGGUUAGGACGAGGGGAACUGACCUCUUUCAAUUGGACAUGGAGUACGUUCUGUAUGUCAAGGCCGAGGAUCAAAAUGGUCGCGUGGAUGACAGGAGGUUUCAAAGCACGCCUGAGGAGAGGCUGUCGAUAGUCGGCGGAAAGAGGGCGCCACAGUUCUAUAUGCCUAGUUAUGAAGCUGAGAUACCUGAGAAUCAAAAAAAGGAUUCUGACAUCAUUUCGGUAAAGGCAAAGUCUUUUGCUGACCGAGAAAUUCGAUAUACCCUCAAAGCACAAGGACAAGGCGCUGGAACUUUCAAUAUUGGCCCCACUUCAGGAAUCGUAAAACUAGCUAAAGAACUGGACUUUGAAGAUCUACGACAGCCCCAUGUUUACUCCUUGGUUGUAACUGCCACUGAAGAUUCUGGGGGAUUCUCUACAUCCGUGGAGUUAACAAUAAGAGUAACAGACGUGAAUGAUAACGCUCCCAAAUUCGAGUUACCUGACUACCAAGCCCACAACGUUGAUGAGGAUAUCCCACCUGGCACCAGCAUUCUCAAGGUCAAAGCUAUGGACGCAGAUAGCGGCACAAACGCGGAAAUCGAGUAUUCAGUUUCAGAUGAUCAUUUCAGCGUGGAUCCAACCGGUAUCAUUUCGAAUAACAAACAGCUGGAUGCAGACAACAACAACGCUUAUUACGAAUUUGUGGUAACUGCAAAAGACAAAGGCGAACCGGCUAAAACGGGUACGGCAACUGUUCGCGUAUACACAAAAAACAAAAACGAUGAGGAGCCAAAAUUCUCCCAGCAAGUAUACACCCCGAACGUUGAUGAGAAUGCCGGACCCAACACUUUGGUAACGACGGUGGUAGCCUCUGACAAAGAUGGCGAUAAUGUACGGUUUGGUUUCGUGGGGGGUGGUACCAGCUCCGGCCAAUUCGUCAUCGAAGAAAUCACGGGUGUAAUUCGUCUCCACAACAAAGCAAUUUCUUUGGAUCGGGACAAAUACGAACUGAACGUUACGGCUAUGGACGACGGAGCGUGUUGCGCCAACGGCGACUCUACCAUUCACACGAGUACCGCAGUGGUUGUGGUGUUCAUAACGGACGUAAACGACAAUAAACCUAUUUUCAAGGAUUGCGGUACCUACUACCCGAAGGUUGAAGAAGGAGCUCCGAACGGUUCGCCCGUUAUAAAAGUCCAUGCCACUGAUGAAGAUAAGGGAGUCAACGGCCAGGUUAAAUAUUCCAUCGUGCAGCAACCCAACCAAAAGGGAACCAAGUUCACUGUGGACGAGGAAACCGGCGAAGUUUCGACCAACAAAGUAUUCGACAGGGAAGGGGACGAUGGGAAGUUUGUGUCUGUUACUGUGAAGGCGACUGACCAAGGCGAGCCAUCUUUGGAAGGUGUUUGUUCGUUCACUGUUGAAAUUACGGACGUCAACGACAACCCUCCGCUUUUCGAUAGACAGAAAUACGUUGAGAACGUCAAACAAGACGCAAGUAUAGGAACGAACAUCCUGCGAGUAUCGGCUUCAGAUGAGGACGCCGAUAAUAACGGCGCCAUAAUCUACACCCUCAACGCGGGAUCCAACGCGGCGGAUCUGGAGUAUUUCGAAAUACAACCAGAAUCAGGUUGGAUAGUUUUGAAGAAACCUCUGGACCGAGAGACCUACAAGCUAGAGGCAACCGCCCAAGACAAAGGCUAUCCUCCUCUCUCCCGUUCUGUGGAAGUCCAGAUAGAUGUUGUGGACCGCGCUAACAACCCUCCGGUCUGGGACCACACAGUUUACGGCCCCAUCUUCAUCCGGGAAAACUUCCCGGUUGGGGCCAAGGUGGUGUCAGUGAAGGCCAGCUCCGGCAUCGAAAACAACCCAACUGUGUUCUACCGACUGAUGCCUGGUUCUACAGCGCAGACAAACAAGUUCCACACGUUCUACUUGCAACAAAGGCCUGACAACGGUUUCACGUGGGCUGACAUAAAGGUCAAUCAUCCACUGGACUACGAAACCAUCAAAGAGUACAAUUUGACAAUUCGGGUUGAGGUUUACUACUUCAUCGUCGAUUCUCCUCGUAACGAGGGAAAGGACUUCUUUGAAAUUAACAAAGAGACCGGCGAAGUUUUCACGAAAGUGGUGUUCGAUAGAGAAAAGCAGGGAGCGUACGCGUUGGAAAUCGAGGCCAGGGACGGAGCGCCGUCUGCCAGACCGAACAGUGACAACGAACCGAAUUCAGAUAUUGAAAAAUGA